AAACGCCGUCGUGCGAACUACAAAGAAAAGGCCAUCAGUUCAGCAAGCACACUCGCGCUGCAAGUUUUGUAGUGGACUAGAGCAAAAAUUCGGGUCGCCGAGGCGAACGCGUACGCGUACACACAUUCUCGUUUUGGUCGUGUGAAAAGGCGAACUUUUCCCGUAUAUUUUUCGCUUGUUCCUUCUCGUCGUCGUCAUCGUCUUCGUCGUCGGUGUGUAAAUUUCACGGAGAUAUUUUGUCCGCGCACUUCACGAUCGGGAGUCAGCCUAAUUUCCAACUGCGACAGCAACAAAACUCCGUUCGCGUUUCCGAAACCCACAAAAUAUGGAUUCGGAAAUUCCGGAACUUUCCGACGAGGCCGAAGAACAUGUCAAACUUGAAAAUGGCGAUGAGGUUGCUUUGCCCCCUCGGACCCGCCUGGUUACCACAGCUGACGUUCAGUCGGGUAAUACGGUCGUUCAGGUGCCGGUUUCCCUGCCGGUCGGAACGCUGAUCGGCGGCACAACAUUCAAUGUACUCACUCACGACCAAAUCCAGCACUUCAAACCGAUGAUUUGCGUGGAUAAUAACGGUUUUGUGUCGGGAAGCACCGUCGUCGGAGACUUGACCGGUGAUCUCAAACCAACGCAUAUCGUGAUCCAGCAGCAAGGAUCGGACCAGCAACAGCACCAACAAGUCAGUACUAAUCAAGAAGACCUAGUGGACCAGCAGCAAGUUCAAUCGCAAUCGCAGCAGGAAUAUCGCAUAGAAACCAACAAUCUUAUCGACCGACUAAGCAACCUCGACAUCCUGCCCGUGCGAUGUAAGACUACAACCGGAGAGUUGUACAAAAGCCGUCUUGGAUCCGGCGGUCGUGGAAAGUGUAUUAAACACAAAGAUGGAUGGUACACGCCCAGCGAGUUCGAAAACAUCUGUGGCCGUGGUUCGAGUAAAGACUGGAAGCGUUCGAUACGCUACGGUGGCCGCAGCUUGCAGGCACUGAUUGAUGAAGGAAUACUUACCCCACAUGCCACCAGUUGCACAUGUUCCGCCUGCUGUGAUGACGAAUCUGCUGCUUCAGGUCCUAUACGACUGUUCACCCCCUACAAAAGGCGACGGCGCAAUCAGAUCGAGCCCGAACAGCCCGAAAAAAAGAAACGAAUUAUUGUAAAUAACAAUACUAACACUAGUAAUAACAACAUUCAUUUGAACAACAUCAGCAGUACGAUCAGCAAUCCAAGUACCACGACGGCGACCGUCAAUCAGCAGAAUACCACCGUUAGUCACCAACAUACCGCUCAGCAGCAGCAACAAGUACAACAACAGCAACAUGUGCAGCAGCAACACCAGCAACAUCAACAAGUCCAGCAACAGCAGCAGCAGCAGCAGCAUCAAGUGCAGCAACAAAUUCAUCAGGCUACAGCAACCAUCAACGCCACGCCGAUAAUCACCAACAACACGAGUACCACCACAACCACGACCACCGUUAAAGUGGUCCAGCAGGAGCAACAAGAGAUAGAAAACGAAUUAGCCAUAGCAACCAAAGAGGAACCAUGGCAAACGCUAGCCGAAGGAAUCGAAAGUGCCACAGAGUAUGUCGACCAGACGACACAGUUGGUUUCCGAAGCCAAUUUACCGUUCGAGAACCUGAAAUCUCUGUGCUCUCAGGUGGUGAAGGCAAUGCAGGAGAUGAAGAAGUACAUCGGCGAAGCCCGAGAUAUUCACACCCGGCAGCUGGAGCGGCUGCAGAGGGAACGAGAUGCGGCAAUCCUAGCCGUCACUCAACUCGAAGAGCAGAACAAUAUCAGUAGUCAAUUGCCGCCCGGAUCGGUUCAUGCUAAUAAGAAGUGCGCCAACUGCAACCGGGAAGCCCUGGCCGAGUGUUCGCUGUGCAGACGGACCCCGUACUGUUCUACCUUCUGUCAACGAAAAGACUGGAUCACUCAUCAGAACGAGUGCGUGCGGAGUACGCAGGAAGCGACCCAUCAGAUUAUGCUGAUAGUGGACGAAACUCAAUAACCUUUAAUUUUCUAAUUGCGACUGGCUCGAAGUGGAAGGUUGAAAAAUGUAGUCCUAUGAGGUGCUGCAAAAUGUAAUAUUCAGAAAUUAACAGGGCUGAAAGUAGGGAAAGUUUACGCGAAUGUACGACAAACUACCCGCUGUUUUGGGCUGCAUACUACAGAAGUGCAAGCAUGGCUGCAUUCGAAGGUCGCAAUUUAGUGAGAUGAUCGACGCUUUGCGUUACUGAAUGGUUUAUCGCUGUGCCGAAAGUGUGGCGCAAUGAUAACACCAGCAACUAUUUUUAUAUUUAAAUAGCAAAAUCGGAACUCGUUUUUUUUAAACUGGAAAUCGGACCGCACUGGAUUCACGUACGAGGGACUUACGAGACGGAUGCUAAGAAGCACCAGUCGUGUAGAACUUCUUUGUUUUUAUUUUAAUAGGCAAUUGCGGAAGUACAUAUAUUUAAAGAGUAAAGUGUGUAUUUAAAGACGGAAAAAAGAAGUUUAUGAGAAACUUUAUUUAAAGUAUCGGAUAUGAAGAAUAAUAAGAGAUUUCAACUCUUUAA